ACCGUAAAGUAAGCACUGUCGUAAAGCUAGGUAGUAGCCAAUCAGGAUCACUGAAUGAGAUCACGUGACCCCCAGCCAGCCCAGUAAAAAGCUUGCGCCAUUGCUCGUCGAUCUCAUUCCUCAGCUGCUCCUCUCACAAGUCGUGCGCUUCCCACUAUUGAAAAGAUGACGGACGAGGGAAAAUUGUUUGUUGGAGGCUUGAACUUCACUACGACGGAGGAUUCGUUGGCCGGGGCCUUCGGCAAAUACGGAGCCAUUGAAAAAGUGGAUGUGAUCAGAGACAAGGAGACUGGAAGGUCUCGCGGUUUCGGCUUUGUGAAAUACGAAAAUGUGGAAGAUGCCAAGGAUGCCUUGGAGGCCAUGAAUGGCAAGACUAUCGAUGGCCGAAACAUUCGCGUGGAUGAAGCCGGAAAGGGAGGAGGAGGACGUUCCAAUAGAGGGUUCAACUCCGGUGGACAACGAGGUGUGGGAGGAAGAUUUGGCAGUACCAGGGGCAGAGGUGGGGGAGGUUACUCCAGAGGCAGAUCACUUGUGAUCUGCCAAAUGGUUCCUUCCUAUCGGCCCAUUUUCAAAACAAUAUUAUUAAUGCGGCGACCGUUUGUCUUUGUAGGUAGCAACUACAACGGGGACCGAGGAUACGACAGGAGCUACGAUAGAGGCUUUGGCGGCGGCGGAGAUAGGAGCUUUGGCGGGAGCGGCGGAGGAGGCGGAUACAGAAGCGGAGGCUAUUCCAACAACAGCUGCAGAGAUAACAGAGGUCAAGGUGGCUAUGGCGACCGCAGCUCAUACCGCGACACAUACGACAGCUAUUCUGGAAACGAGUAAACAUCUCCCUGAUUCAAGAUCAUCACUUGGCUGGCUGUUUUUCAAAGAUGCGCUCCUCAAGGAAAAAAACGUCCACGUGUUAUUGCUGACCCUUAGUUUUGUAGUUCUGUUGUUGUAGCUCAAGCAUCUUUAAAAGAAUGUAGCCAUGAGUUUUGGUCAUUCCUUUUUUUUUCUAAACAAACCCAAGAGAUCCAUGUUUAAACGGGAAUAUUAAUGAUUAAGCUUCUUUCCCUGCCUGGGAGGUCACAUGAUUCCUCCUAACUGAAGUACAUAAUUAGUGUCACCAGGUCAAAGCCCUAUUUGGGGAUCACUACACCUUCCCCGUGGCUUUUCUUUGCACUGCCACAAAUGCGGUGAGCCUUUUUGUCCAGAACAUGUUACCUGGUCCUUAGUCUUUUUUUUAUAUUAAAACUUGAUGGGGCCCGUUUGUCUUAAGUUUGCCCUCUUGAUCACUGACCGACCUCCUGCCAGGUUUUAACUUUGAGGAAAGAUCCAUUUGCUCUUACAGACUUAAGGGGAUUUUAUGCCCUUUCACAAUUAAAACGGUGUUAAAUUUUCCCAAAAGCGUGACUUCCUUUCAGACUUGUGAAUUACAAACCCGAAGUGGCCGGCUGUCCAUGAGGUUGCAAACAGUCAGGCCAACGUAUCUUCUGUGCUCUGCUUAACAUCUACAUUUUUUUAAAUGUGCUGUAUAAAUGGACAAGUCUUGUCAAGUGAUCCAAACAAAAUGUAACUUAGUUUCCAAAAAGUAAAAUCUCGAUCGGGAACAGACUUGUACUACUUAUGUUCUUUGUAUGGUCUUUUUUUCUUUGUCAGUUCGGCUUCAUGGAGCCCAUUAAACAGAUUGUGGAAAAUA